AUGGGGAUCCCAAUCUGUGGAAAGAAAAUUUCUAGAAAAGAAUGUGAAUUGUUCACUAAAAGAAUAACAGCCAGGAUCAAGAGUUGGAGCUCAAGGAAUCUUUCAUUUGCUGGAAGAAUUACACUAAUUAACUCGGUUCUAGUUGCUAUUCAGGCUUAUUGGAGUCAGAUGAUGAUCAUGCCAAAAAAAGUGCUGAAAUCCUUAGAAGCAAUCUGUAGAUCUUUUCUAUGGAAAGGCCAAGCUUUAUUUCAUGAAGCUGGGGUAGUAGCUUGGGAAAAUGUCUGUCAACCAAAAUCUGCAGGAGGCUUAGGAAUCAAAAAGCUUGAGGAAUGGAACAAGGCAGCCAUAUGUAAGUAUAUUUGGGCUAUUUCAAAUAAGCAGGAAAGUUUAUGGCUCAGAUGGGUGCAUAGUGUAUAUAUCAAGAAGCAGGAGUGGUGGAGCUUCUCUGCUUUUGUCCAUUUCAGUUUUUACUGGAAGAAGAUGGUAGCUCUAAAAGAUCAUAUCAAAAAUAUAGCAGACAGUGCUGAAUUUCUGAGAUUAAAAACCAAGGAUCAGUUGGUCAGAUAUGGUAUUCAAGUGAAUGAGAGAUGUAGCCUUUGUGAUGUUCAAAAUGAAAAUGGACAACACUUAUUCUUUGAAUGUAGUGUUGCUAGUCAGUGCUUGUUGGAGAUCGAGAGUUGGCUGAAAUGGAAUGCACGAGCCAAGAGCCUUCCCCAAUUGGUGAGAUGGAUCGGUAAGGCUAAAAUCUCAAAAUUCAAGAAACAGGUGUAUGCUGCAGCAAUUGCUGCUCUGGUUUACAGCAUUUGGAGGACAAGAAAUGUUGUAAUAUGGCAAGAGAACUCGUUAAACUCCAACAGACUAAUCGAGGACACAAAAUGGAGUCUAAAGCUUCAGAUUGCUAUUUUUGCCAAAGAAAAUCCUGAAUGUAGAUAA